AUUUUGGGCUGCGACUGCGAACUAAAUUCAAUUCAGACACAGCACGGACCUUACUUUCGCGUCUGCAGCGAGCACAGCGAGAACCCCCUGAACACCUUCAGUGCGACGGCGACAAGGACAAGAAAGCGAAAACGAGGACAAAGGCCACCAUGGACUUUACCGAAUCAUACCAACACUCAAAUUUCUUGACUCUCUACUCUCCUAACGGGAAAUACCUCGCCUCAUAUCAUCUCGCCCAGGAAGGAUUCGUUCGACUGCAUCCUACAGCACCCAUCCAGCCUCAUGAGGAUGGCGGUCAAGGUGUGAUCGUCCUUCGCUUCGCGGCAACGAUGCAAAUCAUGCGUGUCAUCGAGAUCCGACACUUUCGCGAUUCCUUGCCCACUAUAAGCGAGAUCGGCUGGUCCCCUGAUUCAGCCUUGCUCCUGGCCGCCUGUCCUGUUACUGGCACCGUGCUUGUCUAUUCUGUCGAGGAAGAAGAAUUCAAGGCAACGAUUACGGUACCAGGGAUUGGUUUUACCAACACCUCUUCAAAUGAGUACAAUAAAACGAACGGCAGGAAAUCAAGGAGCGCCAGUGCCAGUGACACUAAGCAGAUGCGGGAACUCAAGGCUAUGGGAUACACGGCCCCAGGGGCCGAGAUCCUUCGCGGCGUACGAUUCAGCGCUGACUCGCGGCACAUCCUCAUCUGGGAAGACAAUCUCCUCCGCCUCAGUAUCUGGUCCCUCGAGUCCCCGACCGAUGCACCUAUACCCCACUCGGUUUCACUGGCUCAGCGCCAACAGCAGUACCAGCAGCAGCAGCACUCUCGGGUCUAUGUGAUCGAGAACCCGAAAGCCAUGUCGAAGUCCUCGAUCACGUCCUGCUCGGUCCCACCUUACAGCACACUUGGCACAACUGCGACCUCUGCAGCAGGAGCGAACUCACAGUACGCGUACAGUUUGCGUGGAGAUCUACAGUAUGCUGCCAUAGUAGAACGAAAUGGACGGGAGUGCAGAGAUUACAUCUCGAUCUAUGCGACCGAGAACUUUUGGACUCGACCACCCGUGCAUACGUUUGCGGUCGCAGGAGACCGUGAAGGAGGGAUCAAGGAUGUGGAGGGCAUUGUGUGUAGCCCAGAUGGGAGAUAUUUGGUUGUUUGGGAGAACCCGCUUCUAGAGUUCAAGAUUGCUAUUUACUCCAUGGAUGGGAGAUGUGUGGGUUCAUAUGAAGUACCAAUUGACGGCGAAAACUCGGGUAGGGGCACCUAUCAAGGAUUUAGCAAUGGAGGUGGCGGUAUGGGAGUCAAGUCUGUAUCAUGGCAUCCGGGAUCGAAACUGCUCGCUAUCGGGGGAUAUGAUGGGAAGAUCCGUUUAAUGAACCAUUUGACAUGGAAGUCGAUCCUCGAACUCACCCAUCCUGCACAUAUAAAAUACGGGCCAACUACAGUGCUCUGGCGCGAAUCCGAGUCAACAGUGGCCGUGUCGGGAUCUGUCCGCGUUCAAGGAGGCAUUGAAUAUACAAUUGCGGACCAGCCAGCAUGGAUACCGACGAUCCGUGUAGAUACUCAGAAGCCCAAUGCCAAGAUCGGAGUAGGUUGGUGUGAUUUCAAUUGCGAUGGCACGUUGCUUGCAUCGCGGAAUGACAACAUGCCAACUAUCCUGUGGAUCUGGUCCAUGAGCGAGCUGGAACCAAUCGUCAUCAUUCAGCAACAAUCGCCGAUCAAGAUCUGCCGAUGGGAUCCAGGCUCUCCCUUUAGAAUUGUCUGGUGUUGCGGCUCGGGCUACGUAUACAGCUGGCGGUCAUCGGUAGAAGUACAAGGAGGGAUCAUUGAAGCCAUCGAAGUUCCAGGAGAGUCAUUUGAGGUAUCCUCACUAAAAUGGUGUCCCGAUGGUAAAGGACUCCUGUUGCUGGAUAAAGACAUGUUUUGCCUUGGCUUCCCAAUUGAAGAGGAGGAGGAGCAUACGAUCCAUGAGAAUACUGCUUCGAUAUUUUCACGACUGAGAUGACAAGUCGAAUCAGAUAUCUGUACACUAGUAAUACAACUUUUUUCUUUUGCCCUUCCUUCCAUUAUUG